AUGCCAUGGCACACUAAUAUCCAAAUGGUGACUGAAAUCUCAGAGAUGGCAUCAGACUUGCAUUCCUUCAGGGUUCACUUGAAGAACACGACUGAAGUCACCAUGUUUAUAUUAAUGGGCUUCACAGAUGAUUUUGAUUUACAAGUCCUCUUAUUUUUGAUAUUUCUAGCAAUCUAUCUUUUUACUCUGAUAGGAAAUUUAGGACUGGUUGUGUUGGUCACAGGGGAUUCUCGGCUUCACAAUCCAAUGUACUAUUUUCUAAGUGUUUUAUCAUUCUUGGAUGCCUGCUAUUCUACUGUUGUCACUCCUAAAAUGCUGGUCAAUUUUCUAGCAGAAAAUAAAUCCAUUUCUUUCACUGCAUGUGUAACACAGAUGCUUCUCUUUGUUACUUUUGGAACCACAGAAUGCUUUCUCUUGGCUGCUAUGGCUUAUGAUCGCUAUGUAGCCAUCUACAACCCACUUCUGUACUCAGUGAGCAUGUCACCCAGGGUCUAUGUGCCACUCAUCAUCACAUCCUAUUUUGGUGGUGUUUUACAUGCUAUUGUCCACACAGUGGCCACAUUUAGUCUGUCCUUUUGUGGACCCAAUGAAAUUCAUCAUGUCUUCUGUGACAUCCCUCCACUCCUUGCAAUUUCCUGUUCCGACACCCACAUAAACCAGCUUCUACUCUUUUAUUUUGUGGGUUCUAUUGAGGUAGUCACUAUACUGAUUGUCCUGAUCUCCUAUGGUUUAAUUCUGUUGGCCAUUCUGAGGAUGCAUUCUGCUGAAGGGAGACGAAAAAUCUUCUCUACAUGUGGCUCUCACCUAGCUGGAGUGUCCAUUUAUCACGGGACAAUCCUUUUCAUGUAUGUGAGACCAAGUUCCAACUAUGCCUUGGAGCAUGACAUGAUAGUGUCAAUAUUCUACACCAUUGUGAUUCCCAUGCUGAAUCCCAUUAUCUAUAGUUUGAGGAACAAAGAUGUAAAGGAGGCAGUAAAAAGGGUGUUUGAUAGAAAUUGGUUCCUAAAUAAAUUCCAUUUAUAG